GUCUGCACCAACUCCCAACUUCAUCAUCUGUACCUCUCGAUUCACAAUUCUCAGAGUAAUCCAAUGCUCCUGACCCCCUCAUUCAAUUAUUUAAUAUCAGCUUGAUCUUGUCCACGUCUCCUUCCAUCCCUUUCAUGACUCUCGCUGGCCACCUGAAAUAUUGCCGUUGACCUCCUCUUCGAAUCCCUCCCCCAACGACUGCGACUGGUGGUUUGGGAACAGGAGAAGUCGGCACUCGUCUCCUCUUUCGCGACCCUCCAGAUGUGCUGAUGAGCAUAUCGUCCUCUCCAUCGGCCACCCUCGAGGUCUACUAUUCUCAUGGACACAACUCCUUACACCGACAACACACACAACCCCAGAGCGACAGCCCCCCCUUUGGCUGAAGACGACGUCUACAUCAAUCCUCGUCGCAAAUUUCGCCGGCGCGGAACGUCCGAGUCCAAAAGUGAACUAGAGGACGAUGAACUUGCUUCCUCAAUGUCGAGCUCAGAAGAACAUGAACUCGGCCCGCUAGAUUCCGAUGUGGAAAUGGAGGAUGAUGAAGAAUCAGGUCUCAGCAAACACGAACGUCGGAAAUUCCUCAAAAGCAAGAGACAGGCCCACACGUUGGAUGCUCGAAUUGCCGGUACCGCUGGCCUCUCAGCGGACGAGGCUCGACAGGCUGACCAGAAUGUCAUUCGAAAUCUUCUCAUCAACGCCGCCCUCGUCGGAGGCUGGUAUUUCUUUUCUCUAUCCAUAUCAAUAUACAACAAGAUGAUGUUCUCAUCCGACCACUUGGACUUCCACUUCCCAUUAUUUGCCACCUCCCUGCAUAUGGUCGUCCAGUUCGCCUUGUCUUGCACCAUCCUUUUGUUGUUUCCUUCAUUACGGCCUUCUCAGCCUCAACCUCCACCAUAUCGAGACGAACCACCCAACCACAAACCGCUAGUAACACCCCUAUUCUACCUCACCAGGCUUGUCCCUACCGGCACCACCACCUCGCUCGAUAUUGGACUGGGCAACACCUCCUUGCGCUACAUCACCCUCACCUUCUACACCAUGUGCAAGAGUUCCGUCCUCAUUUUCGUCUUGACGUUCGCCUUUCUCUUCCGCCUCGAAAGCCCGUCUGUGAAGCUCAUCCUAAUCAUCCUCACCAUGACCUUGGGUGUUUUGAUGAUGGUCGCCGGCGAAACUGCCUUUCAUGCCUUGGGAUUCGCACUCGCCAUUUCUGCCUCUUUCUUUUCUGGCUUCCGCUGGGCCUUGACCCAGAUUCUUCUUCUUCGCCAUCCCGCCACAUCCAACCCCUUUGCAACCCUCUUCUUUCUUGCGCCAAUCAUGUUUGUCACCCUCCUCACUAUCGCCUGCUUCUCCGAAACACCCACGGCUGUCAUCACCGGUAUUCAACUGCUAGUAUCCAGUCACGGCAUUUUAACCGCCCUAGCCUUGCUCAUUGUCCCAGGGUGCCUCGCCUUCUGCAUGAUUGCGAGCGAGUUCACCUUGUUACAACGCACAAGUGUCGUCACGCUCAGUAUUUGUGGCAUCUUCAAGGAAGUCAUCACGAUCAGCGCGGCGGCCAUUGUAUUUCACGAUGAGCUUUCCUUCGUCAACGUGAGCGGCCUCUUGGUCACGAUUGUCAGCAUUGCUGCAUACAAUUACCUCAAGAUUUUCAAGAUGAGGGAAGAGGCCCGGGACAAGAUUCGGAAACGAAACGAUGAUGAGGACAAGGAGGAGGAAUUUGACGACAGUCCAGACCUGCAGGGUCACCGAUCAGAUCGAUACGAUCAAGACGAGCCGACUCGGUCGGCGACGGGGACUACUCGGGGCCCAGGACCCGCAGACUCGGGCCCUUGGACACGGGGGCUGGACAGUCAUGCUGAAGGAUCGACACCCAGCUCAUCUUUGUUGGACCAUCCUGCUGGGAGGCCUUGGAACAAGAAUAGAGACGAUUGA